CUUAAGCCACCAUUACCCACACAGUGACUGUUUCUAGGUUUCUUAGCUCAUUUAUCUUCAUUCCCUCAACCCCACGCCCAGUGUAUUACAAAAAUUUUAAUAUAUAUUCAGGAGCUUAAUCAGAAUUCAGCAUAUUCUACAGUCAAUAAAUAAAAACUUUGAAUUUGAAUGGCGUCUUCGUCGGCGAAUUUGUGGGUGUUGCUGGGGCUAGGGCUGGCGGGAAUACUCAUAUUGACUAAGAAGAUGAAGAGGGCUGUGAAAGCGGAUUUUGGGGCGUUUAUAGAGCGGCUUCAGCUACUUCCGCCGCCUCAGCCCGCCCCUCCGAAAGCCCCCCACCCUCUUACCGGCCUCUCCUUCGCUGUCUCUGAUGUAUUAGAUAUUGAAGGAUAUGUGACUAGCUUUGGCAAUCCGGACUGGUUUAGGACUCAUGAGGCUGCUUCUCGUACGUCUCCUGUGGUUGCUGCCCUUGUUGAUGGAGGUGCCACAUGUGUCGGAAAAACUGUCGUGGAUGACAUGGCAUUAGGUAUUAGUGGAGAAAAUAAGCAUUACGGUACACCCACUAAUCCUACCUCACCAGCACGAGUGCCAGGAGGAGCCUCUAGUGGUGCUGCUGUAGCUGUGGCUACUAACCUUGUUGAUUUUUCUUUAGGUAUUGACACUGUUGGUGGUGUGCGAGUGCCUGCGGGAUAUUGUGGUAUACUGGGUUUUCGGCCAUCUUAUGGAAUUGUCUCACUUUCAGGGGUAAUUCCCGUUUCCACAAGUCUUGAUACAAUAGGAUGGUUUGCAAAAGAUCCAAGCAUACUUCGUCGUGUUGGACACGUGCUAUUGCAAGUUCCUUAUGCUGCCCAACGUAAUCCAAGGAACAUUGUGAUAGCUGAUGACUGUUUUCAGUUAUCGAAAGUUCCUAUCUCUCAGGUGGUAGUCAAAUCCAUGGAGAAGCUCUAUGGAAGGCAAGUAUUGAGGCAUGAGAAUCUUGGUGACUAUCUUAACUUGAAGGUUCCAAGCUUAAAUGCAUUUAAUGAUGGGAAACCAAAUGGUGAAGUAAAAUCUUCUUCCAUAAGAUCGUUAGCAAUUGUCAUGCAGAUGCUUAAGAGGCAUGAAUUCAAACAAAAUCAUGGCGAAUGGAUAAACUCAGUAAAGCCUUCUUUGGAUCCUGCUAUCACAUCUCAAAUACCUGAAGUGCUCGAGUUGGCCAAUACAGAAUUAGAAAAAAUUCAUACAGUUAGGAGUGAAUUGCGUUCAGCUCUGAAUGCCCUUUUAAAGGAUGGGAUACUAGUGAUCCCUACUUCUGCUUAUCCUCCUCCAAAAUUUGGUGCAAAGGAGAUCCUAUCGGAGGACUACCUGAUCAAAACAUCUGCUCUUUCAAGUUUAGCCUGCAUGUCGGGCUGCUGUCAGGUUGCAAUACCACUGGGAUUCGAAGACAAAUGUCCCAUCUCUGUGUCCCUAUUAGCUGGGCAUGGAAGUGACAGAUUUUUGCUUGAUACCCUAAUCACUGUACAUGCAACUCUCCAGGAGGAAUUCGUUGUAGCCACAAAAUCAAAAACAUCAAAUAAUGCUGUUACCCAGGAAGCAUUAGCAGAGUUGGCUAAAGAUAAGGGUAACCAAGCAUUCAAAGAUAAGCAGUGGCAGCAGGCCAUUGGCUUUUAUACAGAAGCUAUCAAACUCAAUAGUAGUAAUGCAACAUAUUAUAGUAACAGAGCGGCAGCAUAUUUGGAACUGGGAAGUUUCAUCCAGGCUGAAGCAGAUUGUAGUAAAGCCAUUGACCUUGAUAAAAAGAAUGUAAAGGCCCAUUUAAGAAGGGGAACAGCACGGGAAAUGUUGGGAUACUAUAAAGAAGCAAUGGAAGCUGGACUUCUCUUCUGGGCUUGCAGAUUUCCAAUAUGCACUUGUUCUUGAGCCGAACAAUAAAAGAGCAGCUCUGUCUUUGGACAGGCUGAAGAAAUUAUUCCUAUAGGCGAUUCUAAUGUAUGCGGUGUAGGAAUACUUAACAUGGUCAAACAUCUUCCCAUGUAAACGGGUGGAUCCAUUUACACAUAUCGAACAUCCAUAAGUCUUUCAUGGAGCAGGGGAUCCAUCAUGACUGCUUUGUUGGUCCCAAUAUGUCUCAGCAGUCAUCAUAUCAUUUGCUGUCAUUAUAGAGCGAUUUUGCCUUAUUUAUGUUGCAUACAGGUUGUAACUAUAGAAGUCAGCUAAAAUUUAUUUUUUGGUAGGAUUUCAUAGUUUCCUGAAAUAUUAUUUCUUUCAGCUCUGUUGUUGGUGCGAAUAAUGACGUAUAUUAUCAUAAAUAUCCAUGUAUAUUUACGAUUAUUCACCCUCGCAAAGAGGAUUAUGUUUUGGUUGUGGGAAGAUUGAAAUCUCCUUAGAAGAA